GAAUAUGCAGAUUGUGGCUCUGGGGCUGCUGAGAGGGCAAUGCUACGUGCCUGGGUGAUUUAAAAAGCCAACAGAGCUUCCAUCUCUCCAACCAGCCUGCUCCAUCAAGACAGGCACACACACACAUACAUAUACAUACAUACACACACCGACACAGAUACAGACACACAGUGGGGACUGGUAGGGAGAGGAAGAGAGAUUGUGUCCAAACCGCUCCUCAUCCCAACAUGUCAGGCAACAAGAAGCUGCGCACGGAAAUUCACAAAUCCACCAAUGUGGUUUACCAGUCCCAUCACGUGAGUCGAAACAAGAGAGGCCAAAUAGUUGGCACCCGUAGUGGAUUCCGUGGUUGUACAGUCUGGCUGACAGGUCUAUCGGGUGCUGGAAAGACCACCAUUGGAUUUGCACUGGAGGAGUACUUGGUAACCCACGGUAUUCCUUGUUACUCUUUGGAUGGUGAUAAUAUCAGACAAGGACUGAAUAAAAACCUGGGGUUCACCUCUGAAGACCGUGAGGAGAAUAUCCGGCGUAUUGCUGAGGUGGCCAAACUGUUUGCAGAUGCUGGUCUUGUCUGCAUCACUAGUUUCAUCUCUCCCUUUUCAAAGGAUCGUGAAAAAGCAAGAAAAAUUCAUGAAACGUCCAGACUUCCAUUUUUUGAAGUCUUUGUCGAUGCUCCUUUAGAUAUCUGUGAAAGUCGUGAUGUGAAAGGUCUCUAUAAGAAGGCUAGAGCAGGAGAAAUCAAAGGAUUUACCGGCAUUGAUUCAGAAUAUGAGAAGCCAGAAAGUUCAGACCUGGUGCUGAAAACAAACCUCACAUCUGUGAAUGAAUGUAUCCAACAACUGGUUGAGCUUUUAGAAGAGAGGGGCAUUGUACCUCCAGCCGCAAAUGAAGAAGUGAAGGAACUCUUUGUGUUUGAAAACAAGCUGGACUUGGCAUGUGCUGCUGCCGAAGUUCUGCCCACACUGCAGAUAACACAGUUGGAUCUCCAAUGGGUGCAGGUCUUGUCUGAAGGUUGGGCCACUCCCUUAUCAGGCUUCAUGAGGGAAAGAGAGUUCCUGCAGGUUCUACAUUUUGGGACUCUGUUAGAUGGUGGAGUUAUCAAUCUGACUAUUCCAAUUGUCCUGCCGGUAAGCACAGAAGACAAGGAGCGCUUGGCGUGUUGCUCAGCCUUUUCCCUCGUCUACUCAGGACAGAGAGUGGCCAUACUUCAAAACCCAGAAUUUUAUCCACACAGAAAAGAGGAACGCUGUGCACGACAAUGGGGAACAACCUGCGAGAAACAUCCCUACAUUAAGAUGGUGAUGGAAAGUGGAGACUGGCUUGUUGGAGGUGACCUUCAGGUCCUGGAGAGGAUUCGAUGGAAUGAUGGCCUGGAUCAGUAUCGUCUAACCCCUCAGGAACUCAAGCAGAAGUUUAAGGACAUGAAUGCUGAUGCCGUUUUUGCAUUCCAGCUCCGUAACCCUGUUCACAAUGGCCAUGCUCUACUGAUGCAGGACACUAAACGUCGCCUUCUGGAGCGAGGCUACAAGCGGCCUGUGCUGCUGCUGCACCCGCUUGGCGGCUGGACCAAAGAUGACGAUGUGCCACUGGACUGGCGCAUGAAGCAACAUGCGGCAGUUCUGGAAGAGGGGGUGUUGGACCCACAGUCAACCAUUGUAGCCAUCUUCCCAUCACCCAUGAUGUAUGCUGGACCAACCGAGGUUCAAUGGCACUGCAGGUCUCGAAUGAUUGCUGGAGCCAAUUUCUACAUUGUUGGCCGUGACCCUGCUGGCAUGCCACAUCCUGUGACUAAAAAAGACCUGUACGAGCCAACACAUGGAGGCAAGGUUCUGAGCAUGGCUCCAGGGCUAACCUCUGUGGAAAUCAUACCCUUCAGAGUUGCUGCAUACAAUAAGGAUAAGAAAUGCAUGGACUUCUAUGACACAGAAAGACACCAAAGCUUUGAUUUCAUCUCUGGCACUCGUAUGCGACAGCUUGCUCGUGAAAAUAAAAAUCCACCAGACGGCUUCAUGGCUCCCAAAGCUUGGAGGGUACUGACCGAAUACUAUUCCUCACUGGAGAAGAAUGAUUAAAGCAUGAAGCAGCAGCUUUUACUUGCAGUUUUUCUUCUUUACAUUACAUUUCGAUCGAAUUUGAUUUACAGUUAUUAAUAAUUGGUUUCCAAAUGGCUGGAGUGUAGGAGGUUGAGAGGUGACCUUAUAGAAGUUUAUGAAAUCAUGAAGGAUAUAGAUAAGGUAGGUGUCUUUUCCCUAGGAUUGGGGAUUUCAAGACUAGGGCAUGAGAGGAGAGAGAUUUUAAAAAGAUACAAGGGGCAGAUUUUUGACACCAAGGGUGUGGCAUGAACUUCUUGAGGAAGUGGUGAAUGUGGGCACAAUUGCAACAUUAAAAAGACAUUUGGAUAAGUACAUGAAUAGGAAAAGUUUGGAGGGAUAUGGGCCAGAAGCAGGCAGGUGGGACUAGUUUAGUUUGGGAUUAUGUUCAGCAUGGACUGGUUGGACUGAAAGGCCCGUUUCUGUGCUGUAUUAAUCUAUGGCAGGAUGAAAACCUAGCUGGGAAAAUAGGUUAUUGUACGUGGCAAUUGUCUAAAUGCUAUUUAUUCUUCACUUAUUGCAUUCAAUAAAUGUGAACCUUUUUUGGUGCAUUGCUGUAGCCAUUAACUUCAUAUAUCAAGUCGCAGUCAAGCAUAAAUGGGAAUAAUUUGAGAUGUUUUAAUAUUAUACAGGGAUCCUGCUCAAAAUGGGUGAGUGCAACACUGUUUCCUGGUGGUGGUUUGCACAAAACAGAAUUACCUCAAAUGUUGACCAACUACUGUGAGACAGGACAUUUUUUAGUGCAAUCUACGUUUAAAGGGUCAGAUUGUUGCCAGGUUCCUUGUAAUCUUGUGUCGAAUGUGUGAACAGUAAACUUUGUAGCAAGUAUACAAGUCAUUUUAUUCCCUGGCAUGCUCUACAAAUAACACACUUAAUGCAGAAUUUAAUCUUCACUAUCUGAGAUUCUUUGAAGUUAUUUUAUAUUUUCAUAAUUGCUUUACCUAAAGGUCCUUUCGCUUGAUAAUUAUACCUUUUAGAAUUCCAGAGAAAAUGGAAGAAAAUCCUUUUCUGAGCAUGGAUUUUGAGGAUUGCGCUAUUUCCCCUCCUUCAACUGUAAAUAAUUCUUUCUCUUAAUAGCCUUUGCCCUGUAGUCCAUUUGAUAAAUGUUGACUUUGCAAUUUACUGCCGGAGAAAGGUGCAGACAAAAUAACAAAAUAGACAAAACCAUUGACACAGGUAACAAGACGCCUUUAAAUCAGAAUUUUUCCAAUCAGAACUGAAUGCCUAAUUUUAAAAAAAAGUCCCUCCCCCCAACCAUUUGGAUUUAAAUUCUUAACAGGAGACUGGGGCAUGCACUUAUAAGCUGUGACUCCAUGUAACCUGCUAACAAUGCUGUCUUCUAACGCUGCCACAAUAAAUAAAAGCAUUGAUUUUUUAAAAUUAAAAUCAUAUUUAAAACACUGUGGCACGGGGAAGGAAGUUAUUUUUGCUCCCAGCAUACUAAAGCAUUGCAAUAUGCACACAAUGAAUAACAUCAGACGUAAACCAAAUAAAACUUUCUACCCAUCAGAGCAUUGACACUUUAGAUUCUAUCAGCAUCAGCUGGAAAUUCAGCAACCUUUAUGGUACAGAUUCAUCACUCCUGCUCACUCUCCCAGGGUUUCAGUCAGCUUGAUUACACGUCAUGCAAAUGUAAAACAAUUGUGAAACAUUUUACUUUGUGACAAGUGAAAACUGGGCAUUUCACUGAAUUUGCAUGUGUCCUUCUUGGUAAGGUGAGGCAGCAAAUCUGUAUGGGGGCAAAGUCAAGAAAGAACAUGAGAAUGGGAGAAUAAACUGACUGCUGUUUAUAUGUGAUUUCCAGUAUCGACAAAAUCCAUGCUUAGGUUCAUUCCGAAAUCCGAACCAAAUGAAGAAACUUUUCAAUUUGAGUUUCACAUCAACUGCCUUUUGAUAAAUAAUAAGGUACGCUUCCAAAGUUGCUUGAUGGAUUUAACUUUUACUUUUAUUAUGAUUAAUGGCUACAGCAAAAAAAAUUAAUCAGCAAAAGGUAUAUUUAGUUCCUAGAAUGCUGCUUAUGCUUUAACUGUAUCCAUUAGUGCCUUUCCAUUAAAUGACCAGAAAUAUAUAUUUAUUUUUAGAUAUGGAAUGGUUUUUACAUUGUGCCUUAACAAAUGCAAACCUUCGAUGCCUUUCAUGUAUAUCGUAUAGCUCAACCUUCAUCUUAAUAUAAUCAUGUUCUGUUUAUAUGAAUAAAAAUUUACCAGCAUUAUCUGUCUGCUACUUUAUCACAACGCUCGUAACUUGUUGCUAAUGUUAUUAAUUUAUUGCCUCACUGUGAGUCUCAUAGAGAUACUUCAUCGACAUGUGCACAAGCUGCCACCUUCACCCUGAAAUAUUUGCAGCUUCCUUCUUCCUUUUUAUUUCGAGAAGUUAUUCGAGUCACUAAACAAUUCCACGUGGUUCAUAUAAUACAGAUACCUCCUCCUGAGAGUGUGAAAUAAAAGCAGAAAAUGUUGGAAAUAUACAAGUCUGUUGGCAUCUGAAAUGUGAAUGUCAAAGCAAGAGCAAACGUAAUUGCAUUUAGAUACAAAGAUACCCUCAGAAUGUCUCAGGCACAUUACUGUUGACAUGCAGUGCCUGGAAAUGGAUGACUGAACCAGUUUUUGAUGGUGUUUUAGAGUACGUCAAUGUCUGGCUGUUUUUGUUUUCUCAGUUGUUGAGACAACUGUGUAAUUCCAUAAUAUCAGAUCUUUUUAAAAUCUGGAUCCUGAGCAUUUAGUGUUUCUUUCUCUGCACUAGAAAAACAAUGUUUUAAAUUGGUGUUUUACUGGGGAUUUUUUAGAGCAUUUGGAAAAAUUCCUCUGAUCAUGCAUGGGCUCAAUUAAGUACAAAUUCUAACGUCACGUUUGACCACCUUGACUUCCAGCUAUCACAGAACCCUGCCCUCACUCACCAUAAAGAGAAUAUCAAAAAUGAACACAGAUGUCAUCUGUCUCAACACAUGGAGCAAACUGAAAUAUUUUAUUUCUUGAACUGAAUCAAAGCUUCAUCUUGUAUCAUGUUUGCUAAAUAAUAAUAAAUAGUUUAUUUGCUAAUUGA